UGUCAUUCUCACAUGUGCUGAUAAAUCGUGUCGCAAAUUCUUCUGCUGCCGGUACAAAAACACUAUGAAAACCUAAAUUCAGUAAAUGUGAACGUUAAAAUGUGUUCGUCAGACAUAAAUGGAGCUUUACAGCUCUUAUCAUGUUGUAUUAAUGAUAACGAUUUGAAGAAAACUCUGGAAAAUGUUAAGGUUCGACUGUUAAAUAAUACUAUGCAAUUGCAAGAUGCUAUCAAAUUAUUAUCAGAUCAUAUAAUAAAUGUUGAAAAUGCAAAAUUAUUCAAAGAAUUUUUGUCUAAUAUACUAUUAGCAAUAGUCUCUGCUAAGAUACCUUUGAAGCCUGUGUUCUCAUCAAAAAACUUUGACACUUGCAAUGACUCGGAGAAAAUCUGUCAUUUGGAGUAUUCUGUAGUGCUUGGUGUGCUGAGUGAUCAUCCAGAUGUGUUACAAUAUGCACUAAAAUAUUUUGAAAUCAAUCCAAUACCUCCUUUCGAAGUGUUCAUACACCAUGCUGACUCAUAUAAUGUUGCACCAAAGAAGCGCAGGCUUGCUGACUGCAGAAAUAAAGUGACAGAUUUUGAAAUUGUUACUUGUUGUUACACACUACUUAUGAAAUUACCCAAUGAAUUGUCUUCCAAAUGGGAUUGGACAAACUUUGUGAAAAAUUUUAGCAGUCAUGAAAAUGGUGAAAUAAGAUGGAUGGUAAAAGAAAGCAUGGGUAUCUUGGCGAACAUGACUGAAGCUCAAUUAAAAAUACUAACAAGAAACCUAAACAUAGCUGAUACUGAUGCCCUUAAAAACAUUUGUCAAGCAGAAAGCUUAAUAAGGCCAGUAGAUGACAUUGUUAAAGAGGAAAACUUUAAUAUUAGCAGUAUUGUAAAUAUAGAUGGUAUCAUGUUACCUCUUCUUGAUAGAGACAAUGUUCAAAAAGGAAAAUUGGUUCCAGUAAAGUCAACUGUCAAUAAUUUAAGAAGUUUAGCAUUGGCUGUUGCUUCAGGUAAAGCAGUUUCGCUUUUGGGCCCAGUAGGAUCAGGUAAAACCUCAUUAGUGGAACAUUUGGCAGCUAUUACAGGACGAAAAGGUGUGGCAUUUAAAAAGGUCCAACUUGGAGACCAAACUGAUUCUAGAAUGCUCUUAGGUUCACACCAGUGUACUGAUGUGCCAGGAGAAUUCAUAUGGAGGCCGGGAGUUUUGACAGAGGCUGUCCAGAAUGGUCAUUGGUUACUUUUGGAAGAUAUUGACAGCGCAGCAUUAGAUGUUGCAUCUACUCUGAGCUCUUUGCUGGAAAGGAAUACUCUUUGUGUUCCUGGUUACAGAGACGCUCUACCAGUAUCGCCUGGAUUCCAGCUAUUUGUUACCCAAAGGACAGUCAUCACUAACUACGGUUUUCAGAAGAAAAUGUCGAACUCCAGUACAUUGUUACAAAAACACUUGACUCAAAUAAAUGUAGAACCAUUAUCUAGGUCUGAACUUGCAGAGAUUAUACAAAAUAUAUAUCCUAGUCUUUCUAGUAUUAGUUCAAGAAUGAUUGAGGUAUUCAUGAUGUUCUCAGUUGGUAGCCAUGACACGUCUUUACAGUCUACUGAUGUUAAAAGUGAUAAAGAAAAAGAUGUUUCUGUAAUGAGAGGUUCAAGAUUAAUUUCCACCAGGGAUUUAAUAAAAUGGUGCUCGCGUUCUGUUCAAGGCUUUGAAGUCGCCAGCCCUGACUCGGCCCUUAAAGUCCUCCAAGAUGCCUUAGACAUUUUUACAUGUUCUGUUUCUUCUCCAGAAAAUAGAUUAGAAUUGACAAAAAGAGUUGGGACUUGCUUAGGAGUUGUUGAGACAAAAUCAGAAUUUUACUGCAAACAUUACAAACCAAAUGUAACAUUAACCUCGAAAUCUUUAGAUGUUGGAAGAGCUAAAGUGCCUAGAGUUGAAAAGACCUUAGAAUCAAUUGCCCUAGAUAAUAAACAAGUAGUAUUUUCCUUUACAAGGCAAUCAGCGUGCUUACUUGAAAGAAUUGCAUGUUGUGUUACAUCAAAUGAACCUGUACUAUUAGUUGGUGAAACAGGUACAGGAAAAACUUCGUCAGUUCAAUAUUUAGCUAGACAAACAGGUCAUAAACUUGUUGUUAUUAACAUGAACCAGCAAUCUGAUUCAGCUGAUCUAUUGGGUGGCUAUAAGCCAGUAGAUAUGAAAUAUGUGAUUAGACCUAUUAGAAAUGAAUUUGAAAACCUCUUCCGAAAUUUUUACAAUGUUGAGAAGAACAAAAAGUUUUUAGGUCAUAUUGAAACAUGUUACGAUACUGAAAAUUGGAAUGCAUUGUUAACAUUGAUGAAGCAGAGUCACAAGGCUGCCGUAAAUAGAUUAAAAACCGAGAAAAAGGAAAAGACACUAAAGUCGUGGUUGGUAUUUGGACAUAAGCUUCAAAAGUUGGAGAUUCAAAUCCAAUCUGCGUCGAGAUUGACAUUCGCUUUUAUUGAAGGAUCUCUUGUCAAAGCUAUGCAAGAAGGUCACUGGGUAUUGUUAGAUGAAAUAAAUUUGGCAUCAGCUGAGAUACUGGAAUGUCUCGCUGGUUUACUGGAAGAUAAAAAUGAAUCGAUUGACUUGAUCGAAAAAGGUGAUAAAGUUCCAAUAAAGCGUCACCAAAAUUUUACGUUAUUUGCAUGCAUGAAUCCAGCGACAGAUGUUGGGAAAAAAGAUUUGCCAGUAGGACUAAGGAAUCGCUUCACUGAGUUUUUCAUAGAUGAAUUGACAGAGAGAAAUGACCUGAUGCUGCUGGUUGGGGACUAUUUAUACCAUUUGAAUUUAAGUGGAGCAAUAUUAGAAGCCAUUUAUACUUUUUACGCAAAUAUUAGGAAGGAGGCUAGGCUUAACUUGGUAGACGGUGCUGGUAAUGCACCUCAUUAUUCACUGAGAACACUUUGCAGAGCACUCACAGCUGCUGCAAAGGCUAAAUGCGGCACUGUAGCGAGGUCGCUAUAUGAAGCAUUUUGUUUGUCAUUCCUCACGCAGUUAGAUAGUUCUUCACAUCCCAAAGUAGAGGCUAUGAUAGCAAAAGCUGUACUAGGAAAGAAAACAGUAAAAUCUAUACUCAAUCAACUAAUUCCUGAACCACAAUUGCCCGGUCAGAAUUUUCUGCUUUUCGAAGGACAUUGGAUUCCUCAAGGCAAAUUGGAGAUAUCAAUUCCAGAUGGUUAUAUUUUGACGCCAACAGUAAGAAAGAAUCUUCGUGAUAUUGCCCGCAUUAUAUCUCUCGGUCGAUUGCCAGUAUUACUUCAAGGAGACACAUCCGUUGGUAAAACGUCACUUAUCACAUAUAUCGCGAAAGCGUCUGGCAAUUAUUGUGUAAGAAUAAAUAAUCAUGAGCACACUGAUCUCCAAGAGUACAUUGGCUCUUAUGCAACUGAUGCUAAUGGAAAAUUAGUUUUCAAAGAAGGUGUUCUAGUCGAAGCAAUGAGAAAAGGAUAUUGGAUAAUCCUCGACGAAUUGAAUUUAGCCCCCAGCGAUGUACUAGAAGCUCUCAAUCGUGUGUUAGAUGACAACCGUGAGCUAUUUAUACCAGAAACUCAACAAGUGAUUAAAGCUGAUCCAAAUUUUAUGUUAUUUGCAACGCAAAAUCCACCUGGUCUGUAUGGUGGUCGCAAGAUGCUCUCAAGGGCGUUCAGGAAUAGAUUUGUCGAGCUACACUUUGAUGAAAUCCCGAAAAAAGAACUUGAAAUAAUUCUACACCAAAGAUGUCAUGUACCACCAGCAUACUGUAAAAAAAUGAUUGCUGUGAUGGCAGAACUUCAAACUAGAAGAAGGGGUUCUGCAGCUGUCCAGGGAAAAGAUGGAUUUAUAACUCUCAGAGAUUUGUUCCGAUGGGGCCAGCGAUACAAGCACGCUUCUAAAGAAAUGUUAACUGAUAACAAUUUUUAUGAUUGGGAUCAACACAUAGCUGAUGAAGGUUACUUGAUAUUAGCGGGCAAAGUUCGUCAACCCGAAGAGAGAGACACCAUUGAACAGGUUAUUGAGAAACAUAUAAAGAGAAAAGUUAUUCCUGACAAUUUAUUUGAUCUACACCAAACUACAUCACCAGUAACUAAAUCCAUAUUAGAAACUCUCCUUAACAAUCAGCUUGAAGAAUUUUCACACGUGGUGUGGACGUACAAUAUGCGAAGGUUGGCGAUUUUGAUUGCCAAGGCGUUUACCUUUGAUGAACCUGUGUUAUUAGUGGGAGAGACAGGAUGUGGCAAGACGACAAUAUGUCAAGUGCUCGCAGCUUUGAGCAGAAGAAAGCUACUCACUGUAAAUUGCCAUAUGCAUACCGAAAGUUCAGAUUUCCUUGGAGGUCUUCGACCAGUCCGACAAUACAAGAAUGACGGUCGGUUGUUUGAGUGGGUCGACGGGCCAUUGGUGAAGGCUAUGGUAAAUGGUGACAUGUUUUUAGCAGAUGAAAUUUCGCUAGCAGAUGAUAGUGUUUUGGAAAGAAUGAACUCUCUUUUAGAACCAGAAAGACAGAUGGUUUUGUCGGAACGUGGAUUGGAAGAUAAUUCUGAUAUUGUAGUAAUUACAGCUAAUAAAAACUUUCACUUUAUUGGUACGAUGAAUCCUGGCGGAGAUUUUGGUAAGAAGGAGCUAUCGCCUGCUUUGCGUAAUAGAUUCACUGAGAUAUGGUGUGAUACUGUAACAAAAAGAGACGACUUACUGAAAGUUUUAGAGAAAAGCAUUCACAAAGGUAUUUCAUUAGGAAACCAAGAAGAUGGUAGUUCAGGAAUUGGAAAUUCAAUUUUAGAUUUUACUGACUGGUUAAAACGAUCACAAGUUACCAGUAAAUUCCCAUUUAGUAUUCGCGAUCUUCUUUCAUGGGUCCAUUUCAUAAAUGCAACUGUAUCUAAAGGACUUCUUGACACACCUGAGGCUUACGUUCAUGGUGCAUGUCUAACGUUCUUAGAUUGUUUUGGUACAGCUCUCACAGGUCAUAUAGAAUGGGAGGCAUUGUUUUUGGUUCGAAAAACGGCCAUAAACUUUCUUUUGAAUCAGAUCCAGACAAUUGGCAAUGAGUAUACAGAUAAUUUAAGAGAAAUGCUAAGUGACAGAUUAAAGAAACUUAAGGCUGAGUCUGAUGGUACGAAAUUUGGGAUAAGACCAUUUUUUAUAGAAUUUGGCCCAAGAAUUGAUAUUUCGGAGCAGACUGAAAAAUUUACUUUUACGGCGCCGACAACUGGAUCAAAUACAUUGAGACUGUUGAGAGGUCUUCAACUAAAUAAAGCAAUACUUCUUGAAGGAAAUCCUGGAGUUGGCAAAACAAGCUUAGUUACAACUUUAGCAAAAGCUUCUGGUCAUAAAGUCGUCCGUAUAAAUUUGAGCGACCAGACUGAUAUCACAGACUUGUUUGGUACUGAUUUACCCACUGAAGACGGAUCAUUUACUUUUAAAGAAGGUGCAUUCCUUAGUGCUCUUCAGAACGGAGAUUGGAUACUAUUAGAUGAAUUAAACUUAGCUCCUCAGCCAGUCCUUGAAGGCCUUAAUGCUUGUCUUGAUCACAGAGGCGAGGUUUAUAUACCUGAACUUGGUAAAACUUUCAAAGUAAAAAACCAAACUAGACUCUUUGCUUGUCAAAAUCCGUUAAAACAAGGAGGAGCACGUAGAGGACUACCAGUGUCUUUUCUGAACAGGUUUACUCAAGUCUACAUAGACACACUGACCAAAGAUGAUCUCCUCUAUAUAGUUGAAUCACAGUAUCCAAGCUUACCUGCAGAUAUACUACAUAGAGUUGUCAACUUUAAUUGUAAAGUAGCACAUGAAAUAACGGAAAUUCAAUCGUGGGGUCACAGAGGUGGUCCUUGGGAAAUGAACUUAAGAGACAUACAAAGAUGGUGUGAGGCAUUAAUAAAAGACCAAAACAAUGGUAAUAAGGUUUCUCCAGGAAAAUUUGUGGAUAUGCUUUACAUAAAUCGUAUGAGGACUAUUUGUGACAAAGAGCGAAUGUCCAAAAUAUAUGACGAAUUCUUUUGCCCUGAAUAUCCACGCAGUGAUGUGAAUCCACAAAUCGGCAUUAAUGACCAAUUCAUUAUGUUUGGUGAUGUUACGAUAGCGAGAAAUGAAGAUAAAUGUUUUCAAAACCGUCGAGCAUUACGAAGUAAUAAUUUAUUAUUGCGUCAUCAAAUGAGUACUUUGAAAGCAUUGGCUCAAAGUGUUAAAAUGAAUUGGCUAUCUAUUAUAGUGGGCCCUACGGCAACGGGUAAAACUCCUAUCGUACAAAUUCUAGCUGAUUUGACUGGUAAUGAUCUUAAAGUAAUACCCGUGACGUCAGCUAUGGAUGUGUCUGAUCUUUUAGGUGGUUUUGAACAAGUUGAUUAUAAUAGAAACCUCGAAAGUAUCUUUGAUAAAAUUGAAGUUUUAACUAUUCAAAUAUUGCGAAAAAUUUGGUUAGAGCAAGACAAAGGCAAAUUGAAAUCAAAUAAGUUGUUGUCUCAGCUAUACGAAUAUAAAAGCAUGUUGGAAAAUAUAACAAAUAAUCCUAAUGAACAAAUAUAUAAAUUCAAUGAAAAAAUACAGUUCUUACUGGAGUAUUGUCUGAAGUUACUUGAAUAUUGCAAGUUCAUGGAUGAAACCACGAAUAAAUUAAAAGAAGUGAUUAGUAACUUAAGAAAUCUUAAAUCUAAAUUGGCUAAAGUAUCUUCAAUUAAUGCAGGCGGAAAAUUUGAAUGGGUAGACUCUUUACUGGUUAAAACUUUAAUUGAAGGUUCAUGGUUACUCUUAGACAACGUGAAUUUGACAUCGGCGGCUGUUUUGGAUAGACUAAAUGGGUUGUUGGAACCUAAUGGAGUCCUUAGUAUUCCAGAAAGGGGUGAGAUGUGUGAGAUUAGGCCACACCCAAAUUUCAGAGUAUUUUUCACAAUGGAUCCAAAGUAUGGAGAGAUUUCUAGAGCAAUGAGGAACCGCGGAGUGGAACUGUUUUUGCUGCGAACUGAAGAAUGGAAUUCCAGUUUAACAGAUAUGAUCCCCUAUAUGGAUUUGACAGCAUUAUUGACUUCGUGCGGACUUUCUAUGAGACUUCAUGAUUUGUUUAUAACAUGUCACGAAAGUAUGUCUUCAUUUGUUCAAGGUUUGGAAAGACCGACUUUAUCCCAUUUACUACAAGCUGCCUAUUUAACUUCGCAACAACUUGUCAGGGCAAUACCAUUACGUGCCGCUCUGAUAAACAGUUUUUCUGACGUCUAUAUUAAACCGAGGUGUGGCAGUGAUUUUACAUCUAAUGUAACCAUGUCUCUAGCAGAAAUGAAAAAUAAUAUGCUGAAAACAUUGGAAAAUGUAGUAGACAACCGAAAAAUAACAGAUUAUGUUUCGAAUAGCCACACCUUGUCUGUAAGGGGCAUAUGUAAUAACUCCAUGUGGGAAAUAGGAAAGCAAUUGGCGUAUAAUGUUAUUCACGUUGAUGAAGAUUGUGAUUCUUCCAAUGAAACACAAUCUCCAGUUCUUUUCAAUAUAUAUCUAGCUUACCAAAGAUGCCCAAAAGAGAUGUUACCUGUUUUACACUAUAUCAUUAAAAGAAACUUUGAGAGCACUAAGGACAAUAAAAAUAAAUUUACAGAAUUUGGACUCAAGUUAAAUGAUGUUGCAUUUAGGUAUACUAAUGAAAACGUGGAUUUUGUGUCUUAUAAACGAUUUUAUUCAGAGCUUCAUACAUUGUCUGACAAUUUAAUAAGUAAGACUAAUGCGGAUGUUAUUUUGAUGAUAAAUGCAUUGAUGCAAAAUUAUGUAAGUAUAUGUCUUCCAAAGGCAGCAUUCUCAUUCUUUGACUACUCUGACGCCGUAGAAUCAGGAAGUUUGGUCGACGAUUUUGUCGAAUAUCCACUCAUAAAAAAUUGUAGGAAAUACAUACAUUUGACAGAUAUGCUAAUAGAAAACACCUUUAAAUCUGUAGAAAUAACACUCAAUGAUGAGAAUUCAUCUCGUUUGAUCCAAUUAUUGAACUGGAGACAUAGGUUCCAAAAAGUAUGUAUGUCAUCUAUGUUUGCCACGAAAGAAGGUAAAACUAAGACUACCAUAAAUGAACCACUUCUCAGAUUACUUUAUGUGCACAGCACAUGGUUGAAAAAGUAUCUAUUUAGUGAAUUAUAUAAAUUGCUGCCGCCAAAUCACAGCUUAAGGCAGGAUUUGAAGACUACUAUUGAUUCGUUUACAGUAAAUUAUGAUCAGGAUAGUACUGAAAUGUCAAAAAUCAGCAAAAAAUUGAGGAAACUUUAUGGUCACCCCAAAUUAUAUGAAAACAAAGACGAGUACAAACUGUGUGUGAUAAGAUACAACAUUUUCAAAAACUUGGCUCUUGACCUACAUCAACCACUAGAAAAUCAGUUUCUUAAGUUGUUGGUUGACAUGACUAAAGUGUGCGACUCUGGGUUAGCUUUUGAUGUUCCAAAUAAAACUAGCUUGGAAAUAGUGCAAGAUAAUGUUGUGAAAUUCAACGAGAAUACAAUAAUAACAUGCAAAGAAUCUGCAACGAAACAUUUACCAUUAAAUUCUUACGUCUUGCUGAGGAUUUUGAGCAUUUUCAAAGACACAUUCUUCGAUACGACGAUAGCUUUGAGUUUGCAAGACGAGAAAGUGAUAUGCCCGAAUAGAAACUCGACAGAAAUCCUGAAGAAUGUAGUACAUUUCGGAAUUUUAAACAAUGUAUUUACUCCUGAAUUUUUGAAUUUACUUUGCCUUCUCCAAAACUUAUAUGAUAGUAACAUAAAUUUAGCGGAGCAAAGAGUGUCAGCAGUACCUUGUAAGUUCUGGGAAGAAUUUUACAAAGCACUAGUCUACUCACCGGCGAUGUAUCCGCUACCUUUCUUAGUUUCACAUACAGUGACUGAAGCAAGUGAAAAUGUACCCUCGAAUACAAAGAGAAUGUCCAUGGAUUUGCCUUUACUGCCAUAUUACGCGCAGAAAGUAACCUUGUCAGAAGAUCAUGUAGAUUCUCGACAAAUGUUAGCCUAUGAAACAGUUCCCUUGCAAGACAGAACCAACUACUCAAUUCAAUUAGGUUCUAUGUUAAACAUUAUUUGGAAAAACAUUGCUACUUUGGACACGAUUGCUAUGAUGACAUUAAAAUCUAAUGCCAAUUUCGAAAUACGAAAAUAUGAACAGCUUAUGUUAUAUCUCCAUUCAUCAUUAAUGCAAAGGAAACCGGACUUAGCUCAAGGAAUCGAAGAUACCUGUUUAUUUACAGUUCAAAAACUUAGGCAACAUCUCAAAGAUGAAAUAAUUAUAGCUGAUAUGGCUACAGAAGCCAACAAUAUUAGUGUUAAGUUACGGAUUUUAAAAGAAAAAAAUGACAUGGCCGAUAAAAAUCAAACAAAGCUCUUAACGGCGCAAUUGUCUUUAUUAACAAGUCUACUCUUAAUCAAAUUUAUGGCUGAAUUAAAACCAGUUGACCACGUUGAGAAGCAUCGGUUGAAAAUGAACUACAUCGAAGAAGACUUAAAAAUGUUUGAAACUUUACUGAGUGGAUAUUAUAUGCAGGGGCUAGUAUAUGGUGAUAUCUUAGAAAAUAAGAAAGUUACAAAUAGGGACAUAACUGUGGAAUGCUUAAUAUCCAAUAGAGAGAAAUUGGUUAAAGUUCACCCUCAUUGUGGAGUUCUUUUAGAUCUCAGGACAAAAACAGCUGAUAAUAUUCAUAAGUACGCUUCUGGUAACACGUUUAGGCCUAAAGAACCGUCGUACGACAAUUUUGUGAAGUAUUGCCGACACUUCACAAGAUCGGUGCUGUCGAUGAAAACUAUAAGCGAACUUGCCAAAACUGUUAUGUCGAUCUCUAACGAUUUGUUUGAGAAAUUGGGAAAAAAUGAUCACUCUAACAAAGUUGUAGUGACAGCUCGAAGUGUGAUGAAAGAAGCUGCAUCAUGGUUGUAUUCGGUCAAUGCAUUUUGUAAGAAGGUUGAAAGCGAUUAUGCCGAAGCAUUUCCUGAUUUGGCAAAACCGUUACUAACAUCAAUAUCACAAAUUGUAUACAGCGUGACUGUAAUGAACGAUUUCUUGAGAGAAAUGGUAGUGAGAAUAGAGAAGAGCACAGCAUUCGUUCAAAUGGUUACCGAUCUAAUGAAGUAUCCGAAUAGUAUACCACGCCGAGAGACAAAACAGCACCAUUUGAAUAGGUUUUUGUCUUUGGACAUGAUGAAGCUUUUGAAGGCGACAGUGACUUCUGACGACGAUGGGAUUUCUGAAAAAAAUGAGAUAAUGGAAGUUUUAAAAAUGAAUUUGUCCGAAUUGCGAAUGCAUUGCACGGCCGCAGAGUCGGUAGACGCAAACGCCAUGGACGCAGCAUUGUCUACCUUAAACGCGCUGGUAGAAACGUGGCAACAGCAGCAGAUGGACAUGGAGAAGAAAAAGCAGGACGACGAGGCGUUAUAUGUGACUAAAUCAAAAUGCGAAGACGAAGAUGACGAGGUAAUAGCUCAACAAGAAAUCAAAGAAAUGUUCCCUUCUUUCACUGACAAUGAUUUCGGUGAAUUCAAACCUCCAACUUUAGAACAAAAGCCACCUAAGGUUAUGGAAAACAAGAACAAACCUAAACUAGUAAUAACACCAGACGAUGUUUCAUUGGUCUACAAGUGGCAUUCCAGUUUCGUCCGUUACAUGACUAGAGCGGAGUGGUUAGCUAAUCCAAAGAAGAUAGUGGGUAAUGACGUGAUUAGUCCGUCAUUGCAGAGGUAUCCUACUUUCAGUCGUAUUAUUGAAAAUUCAUGGGAAGCAUUGGAUGCUGAAGUAGAAGGUGUAUUAACACCGAGUUUAAUUAUGAUUUUGUCACAGAUUAAAGACAAAGUUGAUGGAAACGAUGAAUCAAACUCUAAGAUUGAUUUCUACCGUUCGCCAUGGGUUUCUGAGACGAAAUACUGCGUCCCGCUUCUCUUGAAAGUUAAAGAAUCCACCAACCAAUUGCUUGACCAGUGGCCAGACUUUCCAACAUUGAAAGAUAUAAUGGUGAUAAUAAACAGAAUACUGACCUUUCCGGUAACUAGUCCCGUAUCAAGAUUGCUUACCGGUUUAGAAUUGCUUCGAGACAAGAUAGAAGAAUGGAACAAAAAUGCACACAAAAGCAACAAUAUGAUCGAAGAAUCGUUGGCCGUGGGACAGCAGAUUAUAAACUGGCGGAAAUUGGAGAUGGUUCAUUGGAAAGAGUGCCUUAAUAAUUUAUAUCAAAGGAAACAAGCAGAAGCCCACAAAUACUGGUUCUAUAUGUAUAAUGUUGUGAAAUCUUAUUUGGAGGUUGGAAUUGACAGUGAACCCAUACCUCCUCAUAGGGUGAUAUCUGUGCUCAAAGAUUUCAUGGAGAAGUCCAAUCUUGUAGAAUACGAAGUGAGACUGGAUAUCAUCUAUGUAUAUCACUGCCAUUUAGUACAUUUGGAAACUAGCAAAAAGCGAGAUGAACUUCUGUCCAUUCUUUGGAACACGUACAACUAUUAUUCCCAAUUUAGCGCUCAAGUGGCAUCUCACAUUAAGGAGAAACGUGCACCGAUCGAAAAGAAACUACGCGACUUCGUUAAGAUCUGCACUUGGGACCGAGAUCUCAGUUACUGGAGUGUCAAGGACACCGUAGAAAAGGCUCAUAAGGCGCUACAUAAACACACCAAAGAGUUUGAGAAUGUGUUGAAAGAGAGUGUCUCCGCUUGUUUGGUCGAGAAUAGCACAGAGGCGGGCGUGGAACACGUGGGUAUAUGGGACCGGCCCAAGCGAGCCACCACUGGCGCCGCGGCCCCUACCGGCGGCGCUUACUUGCUCGACCCGCUGAACUUCGUGUUGCUGAUGAGAAAUUUCAAAAAAUAUUUAGAUCAAGCUGAUCAACAAUGCGGUGUCAUCGCGGAAGGCUCUCUUCUGUUCAAAGUACCUAGCUUACUGAAUAAGGCAAAAACUCUCUGCAAAGACACUAUCACAAACUCUGGCUACCACUCCCUCGUGCAGGCUUUAGACGAUUUCGUGACGGUCGUCAUUGAGACGAGCACGCAUCUUGGUGGAUUGGAGGUGGACGCAUCACAACCAAAAGAUAAACAGGUAUCGCAAGCGAAAAACUUCGUUCAACAAAAGCGAAAGGCUUUGGCAGAUCUCUUUAAGUACCUCACUAAAAUGGGUCUCAAUUAUCGCACCGGAUUGGUCAUAUUGUCCGCAUCGGCUAACGACUUGUACGACUUCACCAUACCACCUAUUGACUUGGAUGCGGCAAUUAGCUAUUUGAAAAGCAGACGGUGCGAUGCUUCGGUAGAAUUACUCUGGUCUGGUUGUGAAAAGUACUUCCAGAAGAAUAUCGCCCGACACAGACUGUUGUCAGUCGCACUGCAAUCGCCGCACCAAGAUCUUGGUAUUCAAAAUAUUGAAAGGUGCAAAGGAUUCACAGCUCAGUUGAUGAAACUCACCAAUACUCAAAAGAAGUCCAUUUCAAAAUACUCUCGAUAUCUAUACGACCUACGAACAUUGACUACGGGUCUUACAAAUGCUUUGGAAAUCGCCGCUGCUGACACAAACACAUCUACCAUCAAAGAUAAACUAGAGAUUCUGACAGAAUGCUAUGCCCAAUGCAGUAUUGUACUAGAUCAGUUUCACGUUUUGUUAAAGUCUUGUCCAGAAAAUACUUUGAAUUCUGAUCGGGAACCUGCAUUUGACUCUAUAUUAUCAAGUUCCCCAAUCGUCCGAUGCUAUAAAAAUAGCGAUGAAUGGCGUGAACUAUCUAAGAAAGUAAAUAAAAUCAUAUCAACAGCCAGCAAACAAAAAGCUGCACUCUUAAAAUUAAUUCAUUCGAAUCCGAAACUAUUUGGUCGUAACAUGGAUUUAGUACCCGUUGUAUCACAGAGUCAUAUAGAUGUGACAAGAGAGGCAUCAAAACAUUUAGAAGAGAUUGUAGCUGAAGUAGACGGCAUCUUACAUGAUUAUCAAUUCACAUUAACAUCUACUAUAGUUGAAAAUUAUGUUCCUCGACAUCCAAUGCUUAGAAGUCUGGUCGAUAUGUCUACAUAUAUAAAAGAAACAAUCAGAGAGCUUGAAGGUUUGGAUGAGCCAAUCGAUGUGGUAAUGGAAGACAGUUCAAUAGACACGUUAGUUAAUCAGACAGAAGACUUAUUAGCAACAAUGCUCCUCAUAAUUCAAUCGGUGUACAAGAGACAUUUAUCUAAAGACAAAAAUGAAAAUGAUGAUUUACUACAUGCUAUUGAUGAAAUUAUUGACAAAGACGGCAAAGAGAAAGAAGAAUCAAAAGAUUUGUUAGAUGAUAAACAUUUGAAAGAACAUUUACAAGAUAAUUUGUCCAAUGACGCGAAACUUCUUCAGUUAGAUGCUGUAGUACAAAAAACAAGUGAUUUAUUAGCCAGCUACAUACAAUAUACAGUCACUGCAAAAAAUGUGGAAGAAGGCAAGAAUGUAGUUGUACGUUUGGUGCCAAUGUUGGAGCAAACUGUUUUAUUUGUCCAAUAUUUCGUGACACAGAAGGUGGCUGUCCAUAGAGUUACUUGCAAGAUGCUUUCUGUCCUCUUGAAGAUCUUUUCUGAUUUGGCUGCGAAAGGAUUUUGCAAACCUUCCGACUUGGAAAGUGAAGAAGGUGAAGGAGGCGAUGGCCCGGGGAAACUAUCAAGUGGAACUGGGUUAGGUGAAGGGGAGGGACAGAAAGAUGUAUCUGACAGAAUAGAAAAUCAGGAUCAAUUGGAAGAAGCCAAUCGACCGGGCGAAGAGAAAAAAGAAGAUGAUAAGGAUUGUAAAGAAGAAGAGAAAGGUGUAAACAUGACAGAUGACUUUGACUCUCAUUUGCAAGACUUAGAGAAAAAAGAGGGCGAUGAAUCGGAGCAAGAAGACGACGAAGAUGACGCAGACAAACAGAUGGGUGAUAUAGAUAACGCUGCUGAGAAGUUAGACCAACAAAUUUGGGGAUCGGAAGAUGAAGAGGAUCUAGAUGAAAAUCAAGAGCAUAAAGAAAAAGAAGAAAAGGGACAAGGCGAGAGUACUGGCGAGAAAGAUAUGGGUGCUAAAGAGGAGGAAAAAGGCGCUGAUGAUGGUUCUGAAGGAAAGGAUAAGAAAAAAAAGAAAGAUAUUAAUGAGAUGGAAGAGCCGGAAGUAGAUGACGAUCAAAUUGAUCCUUACCACGGUAACCAACCACAAUUACCAGACCCAGAAGACUUCGAUCUACCUGACGUUAUGAAUUUAGACGGAGAAGACGGAAAUGACGAUAAGGAAGGAGAGACAGAAACGGAAAAUCCGUUUGAAGUAGAUGUCACCAAAGAUGAUAUGCCUAAAGAGCAGGAAGAAAUGGAGCAAGACGACAAAGGUGAUGAAACAAAAAAUAACGAGCACGGCUUCGAAGUUUCUAGCGAUGAAGAAGAUGGUGAACAAGAUGAUGAGAAAAAAGAUAACGAAGAACAGGAAAAAUACAAGGAUGAAGAAAAUCAAAAAGAAGACGAAACUGACCCUGAUAAAGCUGAAGACGAUGGUAAAGACAAUGAAGAGGGUGUCGAUGUUGAUCCACAAAAAGCAUCUCAAGAGUCUGAAGAAGCAGAGCCACAAGAAGAAAAUCAGGAGGACAACGAACUUCCUAAAAAUCCAGAUAAAAUAGAAGACGAAGAUGAGAUUGAACAGAAAAACCAAGAGGCCAAUCCUCAAGCAAAUCCGUCCAAUGAUGACCAAUCAGCAGAAGAUAGGGCCGAGAAUGCCGAAAUGGAUAAAGGCACCGACGACAAUGUUGAAACUAACGCUGAACAGAAGAAGGACGAAAAAACUGCUCCAUUUGAGCAAGCUCAAGAACAGGUGGGUGAAGACAAACAAUCUAUGGGCCGUUCUGAAUUGGACAAAAGCGAGAAAGGCCAUCGCGGUGAGAAGGAAGUCGCGAGCCGAGCGGACCGAAGCGAGGAGAAACGGAACCGCCAUGAGAAUAAACCGGGCAAGACUGAUCAAGAACGUACUUUAGGUAAUGUUGAAGAGAAGAAACAUAAGCAAAUACACACGUUGAACGUGGAGAGACAAGAAGAUGAAGCUGAAGAUGGCGGCGACGGGGAACAUGACGAGGAGAAACACGCUGAUGCCUACCAACACGUUACUCAAGCGAAGAAUGACGAUUUACAGGCAAUAGAUGCAGCAACUAAAGAGCAAGCCGAUCAGCAACCGACCCUCCAGCAGGAGGACGAAGAAGCCGAUGAGCUUAAGGAGGACGAACAAGUCGCAAUGGAUGUAGACGACGACGAACUACAGGUUGAAAAAUCCGAAGAACUGAAGCCAGAAAAAGUGAAAGAAGGCAUAGACAAGGAUAAAGAAAAAGCUGGCAACAAAAAUGAGGGCGGCGAAGAGCCGACCGGGGAGACCGGCCUCGAGAUUGAGGGGGAGAAAGUUCUUACGGAGCACGUGCCCAGGGGAAAUGAUACUACUUACCAUACUAGGUUAGAGGAAUCAAAACAGACGCAGCCCGAAGAGAUGUCAGUGGAACAGUACAUGAGUAUACGCGAAUGGAUUACAAGCGGGCCCUCACAAGGCUAUAGCUCGGCCAAUGUAUGGAGGAGUUUGUGGCAGGAAGCCGCGCCCGCAGCGAGAGCGUUGUGCGAGAGGCUGAGACUAGUUCUGGAACCUACUGGAAGAUCUAGGAGGGCUGGUGAUUUCCGCACCGGUCGCGCCAUCAACAUGCGUCGCGUUAUCCCGUACAUAGCAUCGCAUUUCCGCAAGGACCGCAUCUGGUUGCGUCGCACUAAGCCAGCAAAACGAGAGUACAAGAUCGCCAUUGCUGUAGAUGACUCUAGUUCCAUGUCGGAUAACAGGAGCAAGGAGUUAGCCUUCGAGAGCCUGGCACUUGUGUCACAGGCGCUGAAUCUCCUAGAAUCCGGUGACUUAGCAGUAUUAAGUUUCGGCGAGAAACCGAACCUCCUUCACCCUUUCACCGAACAGUUUUCCGAGCAUUCCGGCUCCAAGAUCCUCGAGCAACUGCGCUUCGAACAGACUAAGACCAGAAUUGCUGAGCUCGUAGAUUUCUGUACGGUCCUAUUUGAAGAACAGGCGGUCAGAAGUGACGCAUUGAACGCUAAGCUUCUGGUCGUAGUGAGCGAUGGUAGAGGAAUAUUCUCUGAAGGUGAAACGAGGGUCAUACAGGCCGUAAGACGGGCUAGGCAGCAGGGGAUAUUCCUUGUCUACGUGAUAAUAGACAAUCCUGAUAAUAAGGACUCAAUUAUGGACAUCAGGCGCCCAAUAUUGGACCCAGUCACCAACACCCUCACUGCAUUCGUGCCUUAUCUCGACACAUUCCCUUUCCCGUUCUACUUGAUUCUAAGAGAUAUGUCUGCGUUACCUACCGUCCUGGGAGAUGCUCUCAGACAAUGGUUCGAGUUGGCUGCUAACACUGCUAGCUAGUUUAUUAUCAUCAUAGUAAGCAGUAAAGAUUGCAAACGAUAUUUUUAUACCCAGUUUUAACAUCAUACAUACAUAGGUAUUGUAUGUAUAUCGUGUAAGAAAAAUAUUGAUGGAUGUCAAAAUAAGAACAGUUGAUUAAUUUUAUGCGAUAUCAAUGCAGAUCUUUUAGAAUUUUAUAAACGAUGGUGCUGUGAAUAAUAAAUAGAUUGUUUUUGUACUAUAAGGAUAUAACUAUGUAUGGAUUGAUAUUAAAAUAAAUGUGAGUUA